CUGUUGUGCAUAUCGCUGACUGCUGUAAAAAUUUUAAGUUAUUAGUAGUUAUUACUAGUAAUAAUUUUUUAUUUGUAUCGGCUACAGGUAGUGGUGGAACUAAUCUCUGUAUUUCUAUUUCUAUCUGAUAAAUGAAGUCUGGUAUUGGAGGGUUAUUUCUUCGGAUGUAAGCUGUAAUUCCUUGUGUAUCAUGGCAGCAUCUCCAGGAGAAGUAAUCGAAAAUGCGACUGCCAUCGAGUCUGACGAUUUUGACAUCCAAAGGCAGAAUGCGUUAUGGGCAACGGUGUUCUCUGGAUUAGGGACCAUCAAGGAAAUCCUGCUCAGAUCCCUGCAUUCUGAUCCAUCCAUUGUCAGCAAUGCCGCUCAACGGCCAGUGGGCGAACGUUCGCAUUUGGCAGCGGAGUUGAUGGAACAAGAACUCCCAGUAACGAACAGCGAGCAAGUUUCGAAGACCAAGUACAGUUUUUUACUGGAUGAAUCUGACAGUUUGCGUAAUACCAGUGACAUAUAUGUGCUGGAUGGAUUGAAAGACGAGUUGGAAAAAUCGACAGACAAUCGCGGCAGCGCUAGCACAGAUCGCGAUGCCAAAAUUAUUGCUUUGGAAGUAGAAAUCAAUCAGCUCAACGCGGCUGUAGCACGAUUUCAGACCGAUCUCCAAUAUGAACGAAAAGAGAACAUUGGUCUGCAGCAGCUAAACGACCAGUUAUACUCUGAAUUAGCCGAGUUGCGGGCGCUGAUUUCUCGGUUGCAAGAUCGCAGCCAGGUCAAUAAUGUUCAGUCGCAAACUGAACCGCAAGACAAACCCAGCAUGUUAUCAAAGGAGCCAAAGAAGGGCAAGGCUAUUUUACGAACGGAAUCGCUGGAUCGAGGAAAGGAUGUGGAACGGAUACUGUCGGCGCAGGAUGCGGAAAUCCGGCGGCUGCGUGCCGCGGCGGUCAACAACUCAGAAUUGAUGGUGGUUAUCUCUGAUCUACGACGCCAGUUGAGCGAUCGGUCAGCACAGGUGGAAUUAUUAAAGAAAGAGCGAGAAAGCGUUGGGUCUUUUAUUACUUGUGAGAACGCAAUUCUGCAUUUACACACGGACAAGAAUUUUUCUGACGUGCAGCUGAUAGCCAGCGAAUCUUAUUCCCGAGUUCCGGAAGCCCAAACAUGGACCGGCUCUCUUACAUCUCUUCAUUCCGAUUCUUGUCGUUUUGAUGAAGAAACGGCGUUUGAUCAUCGUUUAUCUCGACGAGCUUCACAAAAUUCAGUCUCGAGCCGAACAGAAUCUUAUUCGUUUCGGUACAAUGACAAUACACCUUCGCGCAUGGAAGAACUAGAACGCAGAAACAGAGCACAAAAGCCGCAUCUGAAGUCAUCCUAUCCUGUGGAGUCCCGAGUGUCAGCCUGGCGUCAGGAUCCAAAUGUUUCGACUUCCGGUGCUGGAGAGGAACGUAACAAAGACGAAAAUGUAGCGGCGGCCGCUUUUCUUUCGGAAAAAGUCGAAAAACACGAUGAUGUUCCAAAGAAACAUAAGGGUUUCUUCAAGAAGAUACAGGACGCUCUUCAUGUGAAUGUGUCAACAACGAAGGAAAAGAACUUAAAGAACAGUUCGGAAAAAUUUACGUUUGCAGGCACCGGUUGAAAAGUCGUUGGCGUUUACCAUUCAGAUUACUCCGGAAAAGAAAACAAAAUCUGUUAAGGCGAAAAAAGCCUUGUGAAAAGGAAAAC